ACAUGGAGCGAGCGGAUGAUUCACAAGUUAAGAUAAUUUUAAGUAUUUAUAUUAUUUUACUCGGUCCUCAGUUGCCAACGGAGGCGCUUGCAUACCUCCAAGAGAGACAAACAAUGAAGAGGACCUUUAACCGAUUAAGACAACGAGAAUAUCCCGAAAACCCCAAAAGACUUGAAGAUCUGGCUGAAAUUCCCCCUGAAUUCAGAAUGACGGCCAAAGGAAAGUCGUUCUUGCUGUGGGAUUCGUAUGACGACGAUGACGACAGCGACGACGGACAAGAAGAAAACGUUCCGCAGAAGCGUAUUCUACUGUUUGCAGCGAGGUCUGAUCUCAAGAAACUCGCAGCGUCUGGCACACUUCAGCUAGACGGCACGUUCGAUCCAGCUCCUGACAUCUUCGCUCAAAUUCUGACUGUACAUGGUGAAGUGAACAACGAGACUCUCCCUUUGGCUUACGCCUUGCUCCCGGACAAAUCUGGAGUAUCCUGGCUUUUCCAAACGCUGCCUUAA